GUCUUUGAUGAUAAUCAAUUCUUCAGUCUCAAAAGUCUACGUUUUUGCAUUAUGGCUGACUAGUUGCGUCAGUCAACCCGUUAAGUUUUAUUCACGUGUAUCUAGCUGUUGACUAAAUAUAAACAUUUUAUUUAUAUUUUAAAGUAAACACAUAAGAAAAAAAAUGGUCCUCACCUGCAGGUUCUACAAAAACAAAUUCCCAGAAGUGGAAGAUGUGGUUAUGGUUAAUGUUCGCUCCAUCGCAGAGAUGGGUGCUUAUGUCAGACUUUUAGAGUACAAUGACAUUGAAGGUAUGAUUCUGCUCAGUGAACUUUCCAGGAGGCGUAUUCGUUCCAUCAACAAACUUAUUCGAGUUGGACGCAGUGAGUGUGUGGUCGUCAUCAGAGUAGACAAAGAUAAAGGCUAUAUUGACUUGUCCAAACGAAGAGUUUCACCUGAAGAAGUUAUCAAGUGUGAAGAAAAAUUUGCAAAAGCAAAAGCUGUGAAUAGCAUAUUGAGGCAUGUUGCAGAGCUUAUGGGCUAUAAAAGUAAUGAGAAACUAGAAGAGCUAUAUGAGAAAACUGCCUGGUUCUUUGAUACCAAAUAUAAUAAAGCAGGAUCUUCUUAUGAGGCUUUUAAACAUGCAGUACAGAAUCCCAAUGUUUUGGAUGAAUUGGAUAUUGAUGAAGCAACCAAGAAAUGUUUACAUGACAACAUUUGUAGGAGGCUAACACCUCAGUCUGUCAAAAUUAGAGCAGAUAUAGAUGUAGCUUGCACCUAUUAUGAAGGUGUUGACGCUGUCAAAAGAGCUCUUAAAAAAGGUUUAGAAAUGUCCACAGAAUCUAUGCCAAUUAAAAUCAAUCUCAUAGCUCCACCACUGUAUGUAGUAACCACUAACACAUUAGAGAGAACAGAAGGACUGGAUAGAUUAAACAAAGCUUUAGAUGCUAUCAAGGAAGAAAUUUUGGCAGCCAAAGGAGUCUUCAACAUUCAGCAAGAGGCUAGGGUAGUGUCUGAGAUUGAUGAAAUAGAGCUGGAGAAACAGUUACAAAAAUUGGAAGAAGCCAACCAGGAGAGAGCUGGUGAUGACGACUCUGAAGAGGAAGAAGAUGAAGAUGAUGAUGAUGAUGGCAAUAACAAGAAAGAAAAGAAGGGAGGCAAUGAAGACGAUGAAGAUGAUGGAGUGGCUAUUGAUGAAGAAGACAACUAAGUCAUGUGCGGCAAUUGAGAAAAUCAAAUUCCUUAACAGGUACAACAAUGCAUCAAAUAGUUUGUGACUAAAUGCUGGUUGUACAAGUAUAAUAACAACUGAGCUGACUGUGUUUGACCAAUAAUACAAGGCAAUCAUUCUUCAAACAUUUCUAUAUAAUAGUCUUAAAUUAUCUUUUUAUUUUUGUUUUAUUUUUUCAUCCAUCAAAAAAUAAAAACCUAAAAAUUGUUUUACGUUUAAAAUGACAAGAGUCAGUGAUUGAAGUCAGGGUGACCUAACCAAACAUUUCUAUUUGUUGUGUUAGGCUAAACCUUUAAAAUUUUGACUGUUUCAACCAAAUAAUGUCUUCUCAUUUAUUACUCUUUUUUUUCCCUGUGACAUCCAAGUAUAUCACAGUUGUAUUGUGAAGUCAACAUGUGAAUGUUGUAGAUAUCUAUAUCUGAUGUUUCAAUGUUCUUGGAAUAAAGGAAUGGACUAUGAAAUCA